CUGGCAGCCAUGUGGCACAACCAGAGGCGUCACCAGCAAUGUUUGGGUGGCACACAAACACACACAAAUAGUCGCACUCACACACAUACAUAUACACACUAUAAGUGCUAGUGGGAACUUUGAAUAAUUUGUGUGCACUCGGAACACAUCAAUCGUUAUUUGGAGACCUAACUUGUCUAAUGCCGGCUAAGUAAUUGUCCGCAUUUGGCUCUAGUCUCAUAUAUUAUUUGAAACUCAUCAGGGAUAUAGUGCAAAAGCUGUAGAGCUCGUAGCUCUCUAUUAAUUGACUAAUAGAAAAACAUGCAGUUUAAUUUAUAAACUGUAAACAACAGCAAAAAAGUAUGCAACAACAAAACUUCACACAGUUUAACGGCUUGCUUAGAUACUGACUUAUCCUUUAAAUAAAUAAUCAUAGUAAAGGCGCGUAACUAGCUAACUGCCUAAAUAUUUAGCUUAGGUGAACUUGAAUUCAAAAUAGUUUCGGUAGCAUUGGAACUGAAUUAAAGAUAGUUGAGCUAAAGUUUUAGUUGAAGCCACUCUUUAUAUAUGGAACUCAGCUCUAAUUUACGCUGUCAAUGCCUUGAAAUGAAUUACAGCAGAGUAGUAUGCCCUGCUCUUAGCAGCUUUUAGCCAGGUGCAAAGCUUGAAGUGCGCUGUCAUUUACUUGAUUGUUUUUUUUAUACCCUACAGGUAAAGCUGAUGGAUUUGAUGUUUCAUGGUGCACGUAAAGAGGAAACUAAUAAGAUUGCAUGUAAGCGUAGAUUAAUAGUGUAUGGAUUGACAGUAAAGGAAUAGCAAAUGUGAUUAUAGAGCAGCACUUGAGCAGACCUAAUUAAUUAUGUAUAUUAGCCGACUCGUAAAGGUUGUGAAAUGAAUUAUAAAUAAUUUAGUUGUCUUUGUAGACAAAAAUCUCUUGAAACAUUACAUUAUAUUAAUUUCAAUGGCCUGCCGGCAUUUCCUCUGAAUUUAUCUUCCUAAGCCCGCCACCCAUCCCAAGUGCGUGGUAUUUGACAGUUGUAAAAAUGUUUAAGUUGUUUGUCUUUUCUCGCAUAUUGCUGAAUUCGUUGGCUUUGUGUGUGUGUGUGUGUGUGUGUGUGUGCGAUGCUUUCAAAUGUCUCCAUUGUCUUCAGGCGUUUACUUGUGUUCCUCUCGGCCCUUAGUAAUUUGCGUAUUUUCUUACCAAAUUCACAUGAGAAUGCCUGCGAGCAGGGGCCGAGGGAAGCCGAAUUCAAUUAUGAUAUCGUUUCAAGUAGUUCUUUAAAUGGCAUUUCUGCACCCAAGAGCCACAGCGAAAUGCCAGCUUCAUGGAAGCAAGCAACAAUAGAGUGGGUUCGGGCAAGGUCGUUGGGCGUUGCUGUAUGAACGAGUUACUGAGCAUUACAUACACAUACACAUACACAAACACACGCCCACUCGCACCCACACACACACAUACUUAUGUACUCAUUAUGUGGCGAGUUCUUGUUCUUGCAUAUUUUCCAACCGAAUUCCUUUGAAAAGUGGCGCUGGUAUUAAAAAAAGAAAACAGAAACAGCGAGGAGGAGCAAAAUAAAAAUGUGAACAGAAGCUGGGCACUCGCUCUAAUGGGCGAAAUUUGAGCCAAGGCACUUGCUGCACUCGAUUACGGUCGGUACUUUCCGGUUUGAUACCGUCCAUUGCUUUGUUGUUCCGCCUGCAUUCGAAUCAACGUCAGCGGAAUGAAGGCGACGGGGCAUCGCUGCGGCUGCGGCUGUUGGAGUAUCCUGAACACGUAGCGAGCCAAAACAAAGUUAAUUAGAUUUGUUGCAAGAUGGUCAUUAUUGAAGCCAAAUGGUGCUUGGCUGAGGGCCACGCCAAGCCCUUUUAAUGGACAGUGCCAGUGCAGUCAAUUUGAAAUUUGUAUGCGCCAUUUUUAUGUGGUUUACUCGACUGGAAUAGACCGCCGUGUCUGUGCAAUUACCCAAUUGGGUGGCAGCUUUGGCCACUGCUACCCGCAGGGCAGCUCAAGCGCAGGGCGGGAGCCAUCCUCUGCCAUUCGUUAUGCAAUUCGCGUAGCGAAUUUCAUUUUUAAGUGUUUGCGUGUUAAAUGUAUGCAUUACUCUUUGCAGCUAAACAAGGAUAAAGCAAGCGAGUCCAAAGCUGCAAAAAGAGCUGCAAGCAAGCUGUAAAAUUUCUGCUUUUUUCUGACAGAUUGAGAAAUCGGAAGCGCAGCUUUAUAUGUAAAUGUUCAUCACAACAAAGUUGGCUGAUUGAAAAUGCAAAUCGCAUACAGAAAGUGAUUGCAGGCGACAGCAAACGAAAUUUGUGGCAGCGCAAAAACAGGUAAUAAAGUGAGCGCAGGUAGCCCUAUUGCCCGUUGCACUCGGCGUAUGCGUAAUAAGCGGACGGCGUAUGCUUGUCGAACGGGCGUAGCGGGUCAGCAGCGAGGCCACGCCGUUGUCCAUUAAAGCGGCGGAAAUGACACAGACGAAAUGUAUCGCUGCAAAAAUUGGUUCUGUGCGCGCAGCAACAACAACAACUACGUCGACGUCGCACUAAACGAGCCGGGACAAAGCUCAACGCCAACGACAUUACCACCACAGCCACAGGCACAGGCACUGGCACAGGCGCAGGCACAGGCAGCCAAAAGCUGCAGCAACAGUAAUAGCAUCAAUAGGGCACGCAAUAAAUCCAAUAGCAAUCAACAGCCAAACGCAGCCGGUGCGAACCACAGAUCCACGCCCACCGAUGAUCCACCGCAGUCUGCCGGAGCAGCCGGAGCAGCCCACGUGGUCACGUUCCUGGAGGAUGCACCGGGCAGCAGCAACGGCGGCGUAACCAGCAGCCGCAUUGUGACCACCGCUGAGCUCCAUCAGGCUCACAUGCUGGAGCACCACUCCAAUCUGGAUGCCAUUGAGCAGGCCGACGAUUUCAUCUACGGCCCGGGCGCAGGACUCUCGCUGUGCGACGACAGCCUGCCCUCUGCCAAGAACUGCUAUAGACUUGUGAUGCUUGGGUCGUCACGCGCUGGCAAGUCGUCGAUUGUGGCACGUUUUCUGGGCAAUCGCUUUGAGGAGGCCUAUACGCCGACUAUUGAGGAGUUUCAUCGUAAAUUGUAUCGCAUACGAAAUGAGGUCUUUCAGUUGGAUAUUUUGGAUACUUCAGGCUAUCAUCCGUUUCCCGCAAUGCGUCGUUUGUCAUUUCUAACGGGCGAUCUAUUUAUAUUGGUAUUUAGCAUGGAUUCGCGCGAGUCCUUCGAGGAGGUGGUGCGCCUGCGAGAGAACAUACUCGAGACCAAGUGGGCGGCUCUGAAUCCAGGCUCGGGUUUCAAGAAGAAGAGCCUCCCCAAAAUACCCAUGAUUCUGGCUGGCAACAAAUGUGAUCGUGAAUUCAAAACCGUUCAGCUGGACGAGGUGAUGGGCUAUAUAGCUGGCCAGGACAACUGCUGCACUUUCGUGGAGUGCUCGGCACGCCAGAACUAUCGCAUCGAUGAUCUGUUCCAUGCCCUAUUUACGGUUUCCAAUCUGCCCCUGGAGAUGACGCCCAACCAGCACAGACGCCUCGUGUCCGUGUUUGGCGCGCCCUCGCCACUGCCUCCGCAUGGCUCGGCCGUGGGCGGCAGCAAGAAGAAUGCUCUAUCCAUCAAGCGACGUUUCAGUGAUGCCUGCGGCGUAGUCACGCCCAAUGCACGUCGGCCCAGCAUACGCACCGACCUCAAUCUGAUGCGCUCCAAGACGAUGGCUCUCAACGAAGGCGGCGAGGGCGGUGUGCGCAGCACAUCCCGCUGGAACCGCUGCGUCCUCAUGUGAAUGCGCUCUCGCGCUGGCCAGGGGCAGGCAUAGAUUCUUGACGUCCAUGUGAUAGUAGUGAGAAAAGGGUCAGCAUGUGGUGGUCAGGGGAGGCCACAGACAGUGAGCCUAACUGACAGAUAGAUAGAGAGAUCUUAAUUUUAAACGCAGCGUUUGGGUGAUUUCGUUAUGUAAUGUAAAUACUUGAGCACAUACUUAUACACACAAGCUGGGAGCACACUCGCAUGUGGGUGUGUGGCCAGGGCAAGCAAAUGGUAUAUAAAUGAAUUAUAUAUACGAGCUUUGCAUUUUUCGCAUUGUUAUUAUAAUAUUAGCAAGGCAAACAAGUCAAAUAUAGAAUAUAUAUAUAUAUGUAUUACGCAUAUUUAAACACGAUUUCCAACCCUUCCUCCGCACCUCGCAUUUCAACAAAGCAAACAGACCAAAUAUUCUAUUUCUAUUACAACAAAUAUUUACAUUUUUGUAUUUCUUUGUAUUCGUAUCGGCACUUAUUUUGAAUUGAUGCACUCACACACACUCACACACAAAUGCAGGCGACAAUAAUGUUAGGACAUACAUGGAAUUGGUAAUUGUUAUGCGAUUCGGUUUAAGAUUUAGUAACCAAAGUUGAAUUUGAAUGAAUUGGGAUGAACUGAGAGUUAGCUUAUUUAAUUGUUAUUGUUGAUUGUUGUUGAUAUUAAGCCAACGUUUUUUUUUUCUCACUUUAUGGAACUCCAAUGCACCAAUGCCACACAUCUAUGCCCAAUACAAGACCUAAAGGGUCCAAUUAAACACUAUUGUAAAACGUGUACACCGAGCAACCAGACCAGACUAGACCAGACCUAAAACAAAAGAAUACUAUUUAAUGCUACAAUACUCUAUGCCAAUACAUAAUCAUAUACAAU